UGCUAGUGUUGGAAAUAAAGGCAAAAUGUUGCAUCUUGUAUGGAAACUACUAGGCGUUGGCUUGCUCUUCACAAGCGUGCUGGGAAUGCAGGAAGUGAAUAUCUGUGCGGGUGUUAUAGAUAACCUAUUCUUACCACAUAUUACCAACUGCAGCGAGUAUUAUCUGUGCGUAUCCAACCAAGCCAUAGUGCGCUCUUGUCCUGUGGGCUUUUACUUUGAUGCCAAGGAUCAGCAGUGUGUGGUUGCGUCUGAGGUAAGAUGCAUGCCUAAAUGUCCUCCCCAAGGCUUGAGCUCCUUCUGCUACGAUCGCACCUGCACCAAGUACGUGCUUUGCUUCUCCGGACAGCCAGUGCUGAGAGGCUGCGGCGAAGGACUGCAGUACAAUGCGCUUACAGAUCGUUGUGAUUUUCCGCAAUAUGUGGAUUGUGUGGAUAACCUUUGUCUGCGCAACAACAAUCCCGCGAACAUUGCUUUUAUUGCCAGCAAGGCCUCCUGCAGCAAGUACUACGUUUGCGUCGAUGGUCAGCCCACCAAUCAAACCUGCGCCACCGGACUCCAAUACAACCCCAACUGUACAUGCUGUGACUUUCCGUCACGUGCCAAGUGCACUGUGGAAACACUGCAGCGCAACAUUUUGCCUUUCUCUAAAGCACCCCCACGUGUUGCUGACAUUCGCUGCCCCGCAGAGGGUGCACACUUCUUGGCACAUAAGUCGCGCAAGGAUGCCUACUAUUACUGCCUCGACGGCCGUGGUGUUACUCUGGACUGCACGCCUGGUCUGGAAUACGACGCCAAGCUGGAGACUUGCAACACACCCCUAGAUACUCGUAAAUCGCGCUAAAUGUGUCUAAAUAAAUAUCAAAG